AGCGGUCAAAAACAACGGAAACACUUCCCAACCGCCCCGGUGUCACCGCUUUUCGUCGCCUGUCUCGCCACUUGCGCUCGCGGGGCUCCGAGACUCUGCGGGGGGAUGCUGCCGCGGAAAUGGAGUUGAACCUCCAAAACAACCAAGUGUCGGCCGGAGUUUGAGACAAAGGCAGCAGGACGAGGAGGAGACGGUGGUGGGGGGGCGGGAGGACUCAUGGGUCCUCGUUGAAUACGGAGACAAGGGGGGGAAUAAAGAAGCAAAGGAUUCGAGCGGAAGAUGAAGCUGCUGAAGCCGAGCUGGUUGAGCCACAACGGCAAACCCAUCUUCUCGGUGGACAUCCACCCUGAUGGGACAAAAUUUGCGACCGGCGGGCAAGGAGAGGAUUCCGGCAAGGUGAUGAUCUGGAACAUGGCGCCGGUCCUCAGAGACGAGGACGAGAAGAACGAGAGCAUUCCCAAGAUGCUUUGCCAGAUGGACAAUCACCUAGCGUGUGUGAACUGUGUGCGCUGGUCCAACAACGGGCUGUACCUGGCAUCGGGGGGGGACGACAAGCUGGUCAUGGUGUGGAAGAGGGCUGCUUUCAUCGGGCCGAGCACCGUGUUCGGGUCGAGCAGCAAGCUGGCCAACGUGGAGCAGUGGAGGUGUGUCACCAUCCUGAGGAACCACACUGGAGAUGUGAUGGACGUGGCCUGGUCUCCUCAUGACGUGUGGCUGGCCUCCUGCAGCGUGGACAACACCAUCGUCAUCUGGAACGCUCGCAAGUUUCCAGAGAUGGUGACCUGUCUGCGGGGACACACGGGGCUGGUCAAAGGUCUGACGUGGGACCCGGUGGGGAAGUACAUCGCCUCGCAGGCGGACGACCACAGCCUGCGGGUGUGGAGGACGGUGGACUGGCAGAUGGAGUCCAACAUCACCAAACCCUUCAACGAGUGCGGGGGGACGACCCACGUCCUGCGUCUGUCCUGGUCCCCUGACGGGCAGUACCUGGUGUCGGCCCACGCCAUGAACAACUCUGGGCCCACGGCCCAGAUCGUGGAGCGGGACGGCUGGAAGACCAACAUGGACUUCGUGGGACACCGCAAGGCCGUGACCGUGGUGAAAUUCAACCCAAAGAUCUUCAAGAAGAAGCAGAAGAACGGCAGCGCCCCCAAACCCGGCUGCCCGUACUGCUGCUGCGCCGUCGGCAGCAAGGACCGCUCGCUGUCCGUCUGGCUGACCUCCCUGAAGCGCCCCCUGGUGGUCAUCCACGACCUGUUCGACAAAUCCAUCAUGGACAUCUCCUGGACUCUGACGGGUCUGGGCAUGUUGGUGUGUUCGAUGGACGGCACCGUGGCCUACCUGGACUUCUCUCUGGACGAGCUGGGAGACCCUCUGAACGAGGAGGAGAAGAACAGCAUCCACCAGAACAUCUACGGUAAGAGUCUGGCCAUCACCAGCACCGAGGCCCAGCUCUCCACCACCAUCAUCGAGAACCCCGAGAUGCUCAAGUACCAGCAGGAGCGUCAGAGCUCUGCUCAGGCCGGGCCGGGGGGGGGCGCGCCCGAGGCCUCGGCCCCCAAACUCAACAGCGUGGUGAACGGAGAGUCGCUGGAGGACAUCAGGAAGAACCUUCUGAAGAAGCAGGUGGAGACGAGGACCCCUGAUGGCAGGAGGCGGAUCACGCCGCUCUGCAUCGCCCAGCUGGACACGGGCGACUUCUCCCCGGCGCUCUUCAACAGCGCCCCCAUCCUGCCCUCGGGCUCCUCCAUGUCCAACCAGCUCACCUCUCAGCUCAGCUCCGACUCCUCCCCGGGCCCCGCCUCCUCCCUGGGGCUGAGGCCCGGCCACGACCCCAUGCUCACCUCGCCUCCGGCCGGCGCCGCUAAGGGCCCGGAGGAGAACCGCGACGGAGUGAAGUGCGGCCUGCUGCUCACCUCCGCCUCCAAGAUGGAGCCCAUGAAGGCUCUGGACUCCAGGUUCACAGAGAGGUCAAAGGCCACGCCCGGGGUCACCGCCGCCAUCACCUCCAUCACCGGCCUGCUGCCGCUGGACAGCAGGUUAAAGGACGGCGUCCCCGGCCCGAAGGACACGAAGAGCAAAGAGGACAGCAGCAGCGACAGCGAGGACAAGAUGGCCUCCAUCAACAAGAACCUGUCCUUCAGCAAGAGGAAGCCCGAGCUGCUGAUGGAGGGAGGGGAGGGGGUGGUGGAGAAGAGGAGGAAGGGACGGCCCAGGAAGGACAAGAUGGCCGCCCCCAGCGCCCAGCCCUUCACCCAGGUGACUCCCCCAGCGGAGCGAGAGCACAGCCGGGUGGCCCCGCCCCCCCCAGCUGCUCUCAAACUACCCACCCCGAGCAUAAAGAAGGCCUUCAGUCUGCAGGUGAGCGCCGAGCCGCCGGUGUUCCUGGAGGUGGAGAACGAGGUGUCGCUGGUCGCCGGGUCCAAGCUCAGCCAGCUGCGCUGCUCCAGAGACGGACGGGAGUGGAACACGCUGCUGCCCAGCUCAGUGGUCACGGCAGCAGGGAGCAGCGACGUCUUCGCCGUGGCCUGCCAGGACAGGAUGGUGUCGGUCUUCUCUUCUUGUGGGCGGCGGCUCCUCCCGGCCAUCCAGCUGGCCACGCCCACCUCGGCCCUGCACUGCUCCGCCCACUUUGUCAUGGCGCUGACGGCCGGAGCGACGCUGUCCGUCUGGGACGUCCAGAAGCAAAAAGCUCUGGUGAAGAACGAGUCUCUGCUGAGCAUCUUAUCAGGUGCCGACAUCACGGUGUCCCAGUCUCUGCUGACCCAGCAGGGCGUCCCGGUCAUCGGCCUGUCCAACGGGAAGUCCUACUGCUUCAGCUCCUCGCUGGAGACAUGGACUCUGGUAGCAGACAAAGGAGACUCCAUGGUCCAGUGUGCCGACUUCAGGAGCUGCCUGCCUACCCAUGAUGCACCUGUGUCCUCAGGGCCGCUGGCUGUUAUGCAGGGACGCAACCUCAACAGCGCCGGGCGGCUGGCGUCCCGCCUCUCCUCCACCCCCCACCACCUGCAGCAGAGCAUGACGCUGGCCUUCCUGGAGAAUCAGCUGACGUCGGCUCUGACGCUGCAGUCGGCGGCGGAAUAUCGCCACUGGCUGCUCAUCUACGCCCGCUUCCUCGUCAACGAAGGCUCUGAGAAUCGCCUCAGAGAACUCUGCAAGGAGCUGCUGGGUCCCGUCCACAAAUCAGCCGCCACGGCCUGGGAGCCCAGCACUCUGGGCCUGCGGAAGCGCGAGCUGCUGCGGGACGUCUUACCCGUCAUGGUGGAGAACCUGAGGUUCCAGAGACUCUUCACCGAGUACCAGGACCAGCUGGAGCUGCUGCGCACCAAAUAACACACACACACACACCUGGACUCAUCGUGACACGGCUCGGAUCCUCUGAACUUUGACCCCUGGUGAAUCCUACCGGGGGGGAAACACAACACAACACAACUGUUGUUGUUGUGAUGGACUUUGAGACAGUGGGUUCUCAGAGGGAAGAAGUGGUGGCUUCUUCUUCUUCUUCUUUGAAUGAAAGAGUUUGUUGCUCUGCAGAGUGGAUCCAACUUCACCUGUUCGACCAUUUUUGUUUGUUUUCGCUGUCAAUCAUUUUUAAAUGUUUGUACAAAGCAGACUUUUUUUGUUUGUUUUUUUUCCACUUUCUAAAGGAAGAAAAAUAAAUGUGCGGGACUUUCUUAUGAAGAAAUAAAGUGAACAGAAACAGG